GGAGCACUUCCGGGGCAGAGCCUGAGAGCGCGCGCGCACGUGGGGCCGGGGCGGAGAGAGGCGAGCACCGGGAAGGGGAGCGUGGGGCCGCUGGAAUGGGUGAAUUUAAGGUCCAUCGAGUACGUUUCUUUAAUUAUGUUCCAUCAGGAAUCCGCUGUGUGGCUUACAAUAACCAGUCAAACAGAUUGGCUGUUUCACGAACAGAUGGCACUGUGGAAAUUUAUAACUUGUCAGCAAACUACUUUCAGGAGAAAGUAAGUCAUUUGGGAGUCUGAUAUGGUGUUUUGAUGUUAAUUUCUUCUGAAGUUCAAGAAACUUGUGUGUCUUUUAUAAUCAAACUGAUUGAGUGACUUCCUAGCCCCUCUGAAGUUGCUUGGAACUACCAAACUUCUGAGAUCUCCUAACUGAUGAGAGAAGCUCAGUUUCAAUCUGUGUAAUGUUGAUUAGAAGGGUCCUACCUAGAAAUGUGACAUCUCACUGCCUGUCAUUGGAAACUGAGGUUUGCUGGAUCUUUUGGACACAGGAAGGGAAAUUGUUGGUAUAUCAGUCUCAACACCAUUGCAGCUUUGUUUUUCCCAGGUCAUGAGUCUCGGGCUACAGAAGCUUUGUGCUGGGCAGAAGGACAGCGACUCUUUAGUGCUGGGCUCAAUGGCGAGAUUAUGGAGUAUGAUUUACAGGCGUUAAACAUCAAGUAUGCUAUGGAUGCCUUUGGAGGACCUAUUUGGAGCAUGGCUGCCAGCCCCAGUGGCUCUCAACUUUUGGUUGGUUGUGAAGAUGGAUCUGUGAAACUAUUUCAAAUUACCCCAGACAAAAUCCAGUUUGAAAGAAAUUUUGAUCGGCAGAAAAGUCGCAUCCUGAGUCUCAGCUGGCAUCCCUCUGGUACCCACAUUGCAGCUGGUUCCAUAGACUACAUUAGUGUGUUUGAUGUCAAAUCAGGCAGCGCUGUUCAUAAGAUGAUUGUGGACAGGCAGUAUAUGGGCGUGUCUAAGCGGAAGUGCAUCGUGUGGGGUGUCGCCUUCUUGUCCGAUGGCACUAUCAUAAGUGUGGACUCUGCUGGGAAGGUGCAGUUCUGGGACUCAGCCACUGGGACGCUUGUGAAGAGCCAUCUCAUCGCUAAUGCUGACGUGCAGUCCAUUGCUGUAGCUGACCAAGAAGACAGUUUCGUGGUGGGCACAGCCGAGGGAACAGUCUUCCAUUUUCAGCUGGUCCCUGUGACAUCUAACAGCAGUGAGAAGCAGUGGGUGCGGACAAAACCGUUCCAGCAUCACACUCAUGACGUGCGCACUGUGGCCCACAGCCCAACAGCGCUGAUAUCUGGAGGCACUGACACCCACUUAGUCUUUCGUCCUCUCAUGGAGAAGGUGCAGGUAAAGAAUUACGAUGCCGCUCUCCGAAAAAUCACCUUUCCCCACCGAUGUCUCAUUUCCUGUUCUAAAAAGAGGCAGCUUCUCCUCUUCCAGUUUGCUCAUCACUUAGAACUUUGGCGACUGGGAUCCACAGUUGCAACAGGCAAGAAUGGGGAUACUCUUCCACUCUCUAAAAAUGCAGAUCAUUUACUGCACCUAAAGACAAAGGGUCCUGAGAACAUUAUCUGUAGCUGUAUCUCCCCAUGUGGAAGUUGGAUAGCCUAUUCUACAGUUUCUCGGUUUUUUCUCUAUCGGCUGAAUUAUGAACAUGACAACAUAAGCCUCAAAAGGGUUUCCAAAAUGCCAGCAUUCCUUCGCUCUGCCCUUCAGAUUUUGUUUUCUGAAGAUUCAACAAAGCUCUUUGUAGCAUCAAAUCAAGGAGCUCUGCAUAUUGUUCAGCUGUCAGGAGGAAGCUUCAAGCACCUGCAUGCUUUCCAGCCUCAGUCAGGAACAGUGGAGGCCAUGUGUCUUUUGGCAGUCAGUCCAGAUGGGAAUUGGCUAGCUGCAUCAGGUACCAGUGCUGGAGUCCAUGUCUACAAUGUAAAACAGCUAAAGCUUCACUGCACGGUGCCUGCUUACAAUUUCCCAGUGACUGCUAUGGCUAUUGCCCCCAAUACCAACAACCUUGUCAUCGCUCAUUCGGACCAGCAGGUAUUUGAGUACAGCAUCCCAGACAAACAGUAUACAGAUUGGAGCCGGACUGUCCAGAAGCAGGGCUUUCACCACCUUUGGCUCCAAAGGGAUACUCCUAUCACACACAUCAGUUUUCAUCCCAAGAGACCGAUGCACAUCCUUCUCCAUGAUGCCUACAUGUUCUGCAUCAUUGACAAGUCAUUGCCCCUUCCAAAUGACAAAACCUUACUCUACAAUCCAUUUCCUCCCACGAAUGAAUCAGAUGUCGUCCGGAGGCGCACAGCUCAUGCUUUUAAAAUUUCUAAGAUAUAUAAGCCUCUACUCUUCAUGGAUCUUUUGGAUGAAAGAACACUCGUGGCAGUAGAACGGCCUCUGGAUGACAUCAUUGCUCAGCUCCCACCACCCAUUAAAAAGAAGAAAUUUGGAACCUAAAACAGGGCACUGUCUGUGUCCUUCCUUGAACUGUCUACCCUGUUGCUUUUCACAAAUCAUGGUAAUAAAACAAGUUAUUCUUGA